GCCGCGGAGUGGGGCGCAGAUUUCAAGGUUGUUUCCUGCCUGUAACAACUUCUUUUGGAUAAGUUGAGAGUGAAGCAUCUGGCACCAGCUGUCACACCUAUACCUGCCAUGAUGAAAAGUUGCAUAAGAUCUUCAUUGUUCUCCAUGUAAUCAACUCUCCUUGUGACUUACAAACUUUGGAAAUAGCCAAAAUGAAGCUAAAGCAUACCAUCAAUCCUGUUCUUCUUCAUUUCAUAAACUUUAUAAUCUUGUUGUAUUCACUUAUAACAUAUAUUCCAUGGUACAUACUAUCUGGCUCAAGACAAGCUAUUGCAAAAUCAAAGCAAAUUAAAGCUAAACCUGUGAAUAACCAGCCUGGUAGUGCAUACAGAUCUGUUAACAGCAUGCAUUGCUUAGCUUCAGUUUUAUAUCCUGGAUGUGAUACGCUUGACAAAGUUUUCAAGUAUGCUAAAACUAAAUUCAAGGACAAGACGCUCCUGGGAACAAGGGAAGUCUUGAAAGAGGAAGAUGAAAUCCAGCCUUCUGGAAAAGUUUUUAAAAAGGUUAUCCUUGGAAAAUACACUUGGCUCUCAUAUGAUGACGUCUACAUUAAAGCUGUUAAUUUUGGAAAUGGCUUAGGCAUACUGGGGCAGCAACCAAAGUCAAACAUUGCCAUCUUCUGUGAGACUAGAGCGGAGUGGAUGAUUGCAGCUCAGGCCUGCUUUAUGUUCAACUACAGACUUGUUACACUGUAUGCUACUCUGGGAGGUCCAGCAAUAGUACAUGGAUUAAAUGAAACUGAGGUGAACACCAUCAUUACUAGUAAAGAUUUGAUGCAAACAAAACUGAAGGAAAUUGUCUCUCAAGUUCCACUGUUGCGACAUAUUAUUACUGUGGAUGGCAAACCAACAACAUGGGCAGAAUUUCCCAAGGGUGUCAUUGUACACACUAUGGUUUCUGUACAAGCUAUGGGUGCCAAGGCAGACAAUGUAAACAAGCAGCAGGCCAGGCCUGUACCUUCCGAUAUUGCAGUAAUCAUGUACACAAGUGGAUCUACAGGAGUUCCAAAAGGAGUUAUGAUUUCUCAUUGCAAUCUUAUUUCUGGUAUAACUGGGAUGGCAGAAAGGAUUCCACAUUUGGGGGAAAAAGACGUCUAUAUUGGCUAUUUGCCUCUUGCUCAUGUGCUGGAGUUAAGUGCUGAACUUGUCUGUUUAUCCCAUGGAUGCCGUAUUGGCUACUCAUCACCUCAGACAUUAUCUGAUCAGUCCUCCAAAAUAAAGAAAGGAAGUAAAGGAGAUAUUACUGUGCUCAAACCAACCCUAAUGGCAGCUGUACCAGAAAUUAUGGAUCGGAUCUACAAAAAUGUUAUGAAUAAAGUGAAUGAAAUGUCCAGUUUCCAGCGGAAUCUAUUUAUAUUGGCUUACAAUUAUAAAAUGGACCAAAUUUCAAAAGGCUACACUACACCACUCUGUGACAGCCUUAUCUUUCACAAAGUACGAAUGCUGCUAGGUGGCAGAAUUCGCAUUCUUCUGUGUGGAGGAGCUCCACUUUCUGCAGUAACUCAGCGAUUUAUGAACAUAUGUUUCUGCUGUCCUGUGGGACAGGGAUAUGGCCUAACUGAAUCUUCUGGGGCUGGAACGAUCACCGAUGUUUGGGACUAUACUACAGGGAGAGUGGGAGCACCUUUGGUUUGCUGUGAAAUCAAGUUGAUGAACUGGGAAGAAGGUGGAUACUACAAUACUGAUAAACCAUAUCCUAGAGGUGAAAUUCUUAUUGGAGGCCAAAAUGUGACUAUGGGCUACUACAAAAAUGAUGCAAGAACCAAAAAAGAUUUCUUUGUGGAUGAGGAUGGGCAGAGGUGGCUCCAUACAGGAGACAUUGGAGAGUUUCAUGCAGAUGGCUGUCUAAAAAUCAUUGAUCGUAAAAAAGAUCUUGUGAAACUCCAGGCUGGAGAAUAUGUCUCCCUUGGCAAAGUUGAAGCAGCUUUGAAGAACCUUCCACUAGUAGAUAAUAUUUGUGCAUAUGCAAGCAGUUUCCAUUCUUACGUCAUUGUAUUUGUUGUGCCAAAUCAAAAGGAGCUUAUAGAAUUAGCACGAAAAAAAGGAUUUAAAGGAACCUGGGAAGAGAUCUGUAACAGUUCUGAAGUAGAAAAAGAGGUCCUGAAAGUGCUAGCUGAGGCUGCUAGGGGAGCUAAUCUGGAGAAAUUUGAAAUACCAGUAAAAAUUCGUUUGAGCCCUGAUCCUUGGACCCCUGAGACUGGUCUGGUGACAGAUGCCUUCAAACUAAAACGCAAAGAGCUUACAGUACACUACCAAGCAGACAUUGACCGAAUGUAUGAGAAACGUGUAAACUAACUCAUCUUUUCCAGUACAGCUUUGCAACAGUGAGCUUGGAUCAAAUAGGAAAUACUUGAAUCACUGGUCUCAACACUUGAGACCAACACACACAAACACCCUUCCUCAUCUGCAGCUUAAACUGUUAUGUCUGAUAGCAUCACAAGAUUUGAUGGCAGGAUUAGUAAAAAGUUAAGGCAGCAAACUUGUGUCUGUCUCUCUCUUUGCCCAUUUUUCUGCUACCUUGUAAGUGUGUGGGUUUUCCUGAAUCCUUUUGGGAAACCAUGAUUUUUGAAGCUUCAGGUUUUUAAACAUGAUUUAUAUAGCCUGUAUAAUGUUCUGUUUGUAACUUUUCAAAGUUUGGAUGUAUAGAAAGAUAACUUGGCUGUAUAAGAAACGGUUAUUCUGGGGGCCUUUUUUACAUACGUAUUUAAAUAUAAGAAGUUAUUGAUGUUGUGAAAUUAUGUAAAUUUGAAAAUGCAUAUGAAUCAAAUUGUCAUUGGACAGAGGCCAGAUUAUUUGUUAAUGUGCAAUUGUUUUGUAUACAUUUGGGAAGAAAAAAAAAGUUUGACAUUCUGACUUGUGAAAUACACUUGAUGCAUGUGCCUGGUGGUUUCUUCUUAAAUUAUUUUAUUAUUACCUGAAAUGCACAGCACUGUAUAAAGGUAGACACUCCUGCAGGAUAUUGCUGUUUUAGGCUUUAGUAAUGCAAAAUACGCUAUUUAACACAGCAGAGCUACUUCUGUGAAUAACCUAAUAGGAACUUUUAAACUAUUUUCAGGCCAUUUUGUACAGAAGUUAUAUUGUUUAAAGCUAGCAAGUUCUGUAAAAUGUUAAGUCAAAUGAAUUGAGUUAGACAAUAUCCUUUUAGAAAGGAGAACUUAAGAAAAAAUUGUAUCUUGUCCUUCAGCCUUACACACACAAUUCAGGUUUCCUGCUUUGUCACUUGUGAAAAAUUGUUAUCAGUCAGGUUCAAUCCAGCUGCAGCCCAUAUUUGUGUAGUGAGGAGUGGGGGAACAUUUUUUUUAAAGGCUCAAAUGGCAGUGUGGUUCCCAACUCACACUGGUUGCCUAACCAUUGAAAAUCCCCCAUUCAAUUAAUAAUGCCGUGUUCUUUUGCAUACCUCUUGCUUUGAAGGUAGAUGCGUGGAGUAUGUUGUCAGUAAUAAUCCUAUUUAUUUUACAUGGUUGGUGGUUUAAUUGUUGCACCCGAAUUCUUGGUAUUUUUUUUUUUAAAGGAUGCUCAGUUUUUAAAUAGUUCCAUGAAGUUUUUUGUCUUGAGUUCUGGGUGCUAUUUAUGUCUAAAGUGACAGCCUCUAGACAUGUUUCACAUGUAUUUUUUAUUUUUUAAUAUAUUUAGAAAGAACAUUCAUUCUGGUCCUGGUCAUUGGGGAAUGUGGAAGGGUAUCAAUAAACUUUGGGAUAGUGCAGGUAUUAAAAACGGGGGUUUAAAUGCAGA